AGUAAGCCUGUAAUAAAUAAACAUCCUCGUUCAAAUACUAGGAAUGUCGUUAAACCUAAGUAAAAUUUAAGGAAGUAAAUUAUAACGCUUAAUAUACAGAUUUGAAACUAGUGUUGUGUUUUGUUACUGCAAAUAAGCGUGGACUAAUAUUCAUCUUAUCAAGUGAAAACAAGCAGACGAAAUCGGUUUAUAUAUUUCAUCGUCGGAAGAAAAUGGCGGAGGACAAUUAUGUUUUAAUUGUGGCAAUAGAUUUUGGGACAACGUACUCCGGCUAUGCUUUCCAGCUUACCAGCGAGUAUGACCAGAACGAUCCGACAAAGAGAAUCCUGUCGCCACAGGCAUGGAAUGAAGGACCAACGAAACUGACAUCCAUGAAGACCCCAACAUGUCUCCUUCUAGAUAGAAAUCAAGAUAUUGAUUCGUUUGGUUUUGUCGCAGAAGACAGAUAUGCUGAUUUAUGUAUGGAUGGAGACAACAAGAACUGGUACUACUUCAGAAGAUUCAAGAUGAAGCUGCAUGAAACAAAUGGAUUAAAGAGGACUACACUUAUCAGUGACGAGACAGGAAAACAGCUACCUGCACUCACAGUAUUUAGCAAAUCCAUCGAAUGUCUGAAGAAUCACCUGAUUGAUUUACUUGGGAAGAAAAACUUUGAUGUGAAAGAAGACGAGAUAAAAUGGGUACUGACCGUACCUGCUAUCUGGGAUGAUACUGCUAAAGGCUUCAUGAGAGAGGCUGCAAAAGAGGCUGGAAUUCCCUCUCAUCAUUUGACUAUAGCACUUGAGCCUGAAGCUGCGUCGUUGUUCUGCCAGUACCUUCCAGUUGAGAAAUUCAGUGUCGGUGGACAGGUUAAGUUUUCGGACGCAAAGCCUGGUACUACAUAUAUGAUUGUUGAUCUUGGAGGUGGUACGGCUGAUAUAACCGUUCAUGAAAAGGUCUCAAGUGGAAAGCUGAAAGAAAUUCACCGUGCAAGUGGCGGCCCUUGGGGAGGUACGUCAGUAGAUGGCGCUUUCAUUGGUCUGAUCAGUAAAAUAGUAGGUGGACCAGUACUAGCUACAUUCAUGAGGGAGCAAACGUUCGACUAUCUAGAUAUGAUGCGCGAGUUCGAAUCAGUCAAACGUAAUGUCAGUCUUUCCACUACCGAAGACGUUAAGAUGAAGAUACCUGUCACACUUAGCGAGACAUGCAGCAAAGUGAGGAGGAAGGACUUUAAAGCGCUCGUGAAAGAGGCUGGAAAAGAUAAGCAAAUCACAUUCGUUGGCGACAAGGCUAAGUUCAAGCCGGCAUUGAUGCAAGAGCUGUUCAAAAAAGCAACAGAUAAAAUUGUAAGCCACAUGAAAGAAAUCCUUGAUACCAGUCCUGCUGGAAAGAAGGUGUCUCUCAUUCUGAUGGUAGGCGGAUUCUCUGAAUCUGCAUUCGUACAGGAUGUUAUCAAACAAGAGUUCCACGAGAAGAAAGGAAGAAAGGUCCUCAUACCAAAGGAUGCUGGCAUAUCUGUAGUCCAAGGGGCAGUCGUGAAUGGGCGACAACCAGGCAAUAUUACAUCGCGUAUACUUCGUUAUACAUACGGAGUGAGAAUUAGCCCAGACUUUGAACGUGGAAAACACAAUCCAUUAAAGCUGAUAACAGUUGCUGGCGUUGAUAGAUGUAAAGAUAUAUUUUCGAAGUUUAUUGACAUAGGUACAGAAGUUGAAGUUGGACAUCAAGUAGACGUAAGCUAUAAAACGAUCGAUCCAGCAGCCACGUUAUGCACAUUUGCGGUUUUCUUUUCAACAAAUUCGAACCCUAUGUAUACGGACGAGGGGUCAUGUCAACCACUGGGACAACUUGAUGUCGAUUACAAAAAUCCAAAUCACCAGAUUAAGGACAUCGAAGUUGACUAUAUCUUUGGGGACACAGAACUGCACAUUAAAGCGAAGGAUACAGAAAGCAGGAAAUCAUGCCAAACAACGCUGAAGAUGUUUGAGUAACUUUUGACAUAUAAAACAGUUUCCACAACUGAUACCAUACGUAUGGAAGACGGAUAAUGUAAGAUGAACUUUAAUCAUUUUCAUGCGUGCGCAUGUGAUUGUGUGUGUUCUUUAUAUGUACAUUCAUAUAUUUCUUUCUUGGUGAUCAACUAUUAAAUAAAUGACAGUUUUGGUUUAUUAUCUAAAACGUAGAAUCACACGUAGACACAUAGAAAGAAUACUAUUUCAAAGUGUUGUGAAGACUGCUUCCUUCUAUUCUCUGAAUAUAUCUACCAGUGCGAUAGAUAACCGACAUAUGUUGGAAACAAUGCCGUUGGUGACAGCUAAUUCUACCACCUGAAUGAUCCCGAUUGCACGUUGCUCACUUAAGUUAAAGACUUAAUGUAGUAUCAUGUUUCAGUUAACAACACCAAGAACCUACCUUUCAAGUGUUUGUCAAGGCAAGAUAUAAGAUAAAAAUCUAACUCUUGCGAACAGAAACAUUGGGCGUGAUCGGACAGUUAGUAGACUAGAUGUACACUGUUUAUAUUAACACAUAUAUUGACCCCUCAUUUUGUUUGAGAAUAGUUUCACUCUCGAUUAUUUAAUCAGCUGUUUGCACAAAAGUGAGUGUGUGUGCUUGUGGGGAUCCAAAUGUUUUCAGCGUUACGCGUGUUUUGUAUCUGGAUAACCACAUAAAAAUCUAAUCUGUAAUAUAAGCAUUACUGCUACACGCAGUUUAUUUUCAUUAUAUUAUACAUUGAAUUUAUUUAACCUAACCAUAGAUAAAUAGAGAAUAAUAGGUUAGUGCCGUAGAUGAGAAAGUUUAUCUGGCGAGGUGGAGGAGGUUAUCGGGUGAGCCGAAGGCGAACCUGAUAACGUUCGGGGCCGAGCCAGAUAAACUUUCUCCAUCUUAGGCACUAACCUAUUAUUCUAUUUAUCUUGUCUUUACUUCAUUUUCCGAUAUUUGGCAAUUUAUUUUACAAAAAUAAGUGUGCGACAACCGUUUUAAUGACGUCAUAUUCGUAAUGACGUCACUUAUAUAAUGUCGUAAUCACCGACAAAAUCGCAAUAACUUCUUCGUUUUUGAAUAAAAAUUCAUUACUUGA